AUGGCUAGCAUCAUUGCACGUGUGGUUAACAGUAGGGGGCAGAAUGCUCCCUUGCCACCUUGGGUCCAUUCCAUGCUGAGGUCCCUGGGGAGGAGCCUUGGUCCUUUAAUGGCCAACUUGGCAGAGAGAAACAUAAAAUUGUUCUCUGGGAAGGUGGUGCCAGCCCAGGGGGAAGAAACCUUUGAAAACUGGUUGAUCCAGGUCAAUGGGGUCUUGCCAGAUUGGAAUACUUCUGAGGAGGAAAAGCUCAAGCGCUUGAUGAAAACUCUUAGGGGCCCUGCCCGGGAGGUCAUGCGCUUGCUCCAGGCAGCCAACCCCAACCUAAGUGUGACAGAUUUCUUGCGAGCCAUGAAAUUGGUAUUUGGGGAGUCUGAAAGCAGCGUGACUGCCCAUGGGAAAUUUUUUAACACCCUGCAGGCGCAAGGGGAGAAAGCAUCCCUUUAUGUGAUCCGCUUAGAGGUGCAGCUCCAGAAUGCUAUUCAGGCAGGGGUCCUAGCUGAGAAAGACGCAAACCAGACUCGCUUGCACCAACUCCUUCUCGGGGCUGAGCUGAAAAGGGACCUGCGCUUCAGGCUUAAGGAUCUUCUCAGGAUGUAUGCAAAUGAGCAGGAGCUGCUCCCCAAUUUCCUGGAGUUAGUCAGGAUGAUAAGGGCAGAAGAGGAUUGGGAUGACACUUUUCUUAAACGGAAGCGCCCCAGAAGAUCAGAGUCAGUUGGGGAGAGGGCAGCUAACCCUGUGGCAUUCCAGGGCUCCCAGCCACUACCAGUUGGCAAUGCUAAGUGCAGUGUGAUAGAGAUAGAAGAUCCCCUCCCUGAGUCAGAUGAAGAUGUGAUCCUUGUGGAGCCCCGGGACCCUCCAUUUCCAUCCAGGGGGGGUCCUUCCCCGAGAUACAGGGAUCCGGCGCUGGUCAAUGAUUCCCCCAACACUUCCUGGGCCCAGUCUCCUUCCACCAGUGGUGGUUCUGGGCGUAAGAAUGAUGGUCCUGGGGAUAAGCGUAAGGCCAAGAAGCGCAAAUACACAAUUCGCUGUUCAUCUUGUCAUAAAGAGGGCCACUCAAAAGAAGCCUGUGAGGAGAACAAGGUCCAGGUGUUUGAGAAUCUGAUUAUCACCCUGCAGGAACUGACCCAAACUGAAGAGGAGGAGGAGGAGCCAAAAGAGGUGGCUGGUGAAUACAGUGAACCCUCUGAGUCACAGUGA